CGGAAGUACUCCAGGAUGCUGGAUACCAUACCGUGAUGUCAGGAAAAUGGCACUUGGGGCUGCGCACAGAUCUGGCCCCUUGCUCACGGGGCUUCGCGAGGAACUUCUCUUUCCUUCCUGGUGCGGGCAAUCACUUCAACUACGAGCCACAGUUGGAUUCCGACGGCCCCCUGCUGCCAUUUAUAUGGACUGACGGGUUUUGGAUGGAAGGCGAGGAGCACAUCGACCGGAAAACGCAACUCCCUGCCGAUUUCUAUUCGACCACGUCCUUCACGGAUCGUCUGCUGGAUUAUCUGGCAGAGCACGAGUCCGACCCGACGUGCAGCGAGCAGCCCUUCUUCGCCUAUCUUCCAUUCACGGCUCCUCAUUGGCCGUUGCAAGCUCCCAAGGAAACAAGAGAGAAGUACAAGGGUCGCUAUGAUGAAGGCCCCACUGCCCUCAGGGAGAACCGACUGCGGCGCAUGGCUGAGCUCGGCAUUAUAUCCGCAGACGUGAAGCCCGCGCCCGUUGUCGGGCUCAAGGGGCGAGAAUGGGAGGACCUCGACGCCAGCGAGCGGGCGAUUUCGGCCCGCAAGAUGGAAACGUACGCGGCAAUGGUGGAUGAAAUCGACAAGGGCAUCGGCCGCAUUCUCGACCAUCUCCAAGCAAGCGGCAGGCUCGACAACACCAUGAUCCUGUUCAUGUCUGAUAAUGGCGCCGAGGGCAAGCUGCUUGAAGCCAUUCCAAUGAUGGGCAGUAGCACCAAUCUCGGCCAGAUUGUGAACAGGUUCUACAACAACAGUCUUGACAAUAUCGGGAACUUUGACUCCUUUACGUGGUACGGGCCUCGGUGGGCCUGUGCGGCCACGGCACCCAGCAGAGGGUUCAAGACAUGGAUCACGGAGGGGGGUAUUCGCUGCCCCUGUAUCGUUCGCUACCCGUCCUCCCUGAAAGCUCCGCCGGCGGCCAUCAGCAACGCAUUUACCACAGUCAUGGACAUCUUCCCCACGGUUCUGGACCUAGCAGGUGUCCCCCAUCCACCGUCCCAGUUCCGGGGCAGAGUGGUGGCGCCGAUUCGAGGUAAGUCAUGGCUAAGUCACCUGCGUUCUGAGGCCGUUGUCACGGACAAGGUCGGCGUCGGCCAGCAACCUACAAUAGUAUUGCCGGGCGAGAUCCACGACCCCAGCACAACGUUCACGGGUUGGGAGCUCUUUGGCUCUUGCGCCAUCCGGCGUGGGGAUUGGAAGGCUGCACACCAGCCACCACCGAGGGGCAAAGGUGAUUGGGAACUGUACAACGUGGGGAAAGACCCUGGAGAGCUGGAAGACCUGGCUGAGACUAAGCCGGAGAUCUUGAAGGGCUUGAUAACGGACUGGGAACAGUAUUAUGCAGAAACGGGCAUGUUUGACACCAAGACAGAGUUCAACGUCAUUAAGGGAUAGAGAAGUUGCCUCGUCAUGCUCGUCUUCGUUAUUAGUUGGCUGUCCUUUACAGUGCGAUUCCACAUCUAGAUACUAUGUUGAGGGUAUGACAGAAAUUUACAAGUAGAAUGUGAGCACCAGUGAUCCCUUGUAUCACAGGUAUAACAACAAGGGCAUAUACAUACUUCUUCC